AUGCGACCCGUUCCGGAUCUACCACCUUACUCUCGAAAAUCCUCCUUUGACGCUCCCUCUCCGUCCCUUGAUCCCCGCAGCACUGCCCCCGCAACCUUCUUCCUAUCACAGAACCCGCAUGCCUCCGGGCUAGACCCGGACCUUACUCCACAAGGGGCUGGGGACCUCAAGGAGAGUAUGUAUGGGGUACAGAGUCUAAACGAAACAAUAUCUCGGUCGGAGUUAGCUGCAAGCUCAUGCGACCACCCGGACCCAGCCUCGAGCAAGUCGUUGCAGGAGGAUGAUAUGGAAGAGUCAAAGAAUGCCCGACGACGCUCGACCUUGAAACCCUUUGGUUCUGUGAUUCGGGAAUCAUCGAUGCGACCAUCGCUCACCGAUGCAGCAUCUCGUCCGUUAACCCCACUUCACCCUGAUGAGCCAUCUUCACUUCCCAGUAGCCCAAAAUCAAUCUCCAACCAAUCUCUCCGACCCCUCGACGACAUUUCGAUCACGGAUGAAACCGGUAGUCAAAUUAUUGAAUCGGACGAAGAGUAUAGGCCGGGGCCUUCGCCGCGCCUGGGGCCCCAUGGAGCGUCGCAACUUAUUAUGCCAAGUAUAAAAAUGCCAAGUCGCCGGCCCUUUACAGAGAGGGGAAAGGCCAUGGGCCGGUUCAAGAUUCUUCUGGCUGGUGCUCCAGGCUCCGGUAAAACAUCCCUCAUCAAAUCCAUUGUUCAAACCUGCGAAGAUAUCGUACACGUUGAUUCACUUCCUUCGGUGGAUUCGUCUUUGGAGAGGCGCCGGUCGUCGCGCCCCCACUCUGAUUCAGUCCCCACUCGCGGGGCCGCUAUCGCUGAGAUAUACGCUAGUACCAAGCCCUAUCCCUCCUGGUGGUCAGACCUCGAGGACUCACGUGUACUGCGGCGUCGGAAGAGUAUUGGAGAAAUUGUGUUGGAGCGUAAUCUCUGCUUUGUUGAUCAACCUGCCACGUCACUGAGCUGGGCGGGUCAAACCGACGUGGUUCUGCAGUACAUGCGACAGCAACUCCAGCGCGCAACAGCAGCCCUUGCCGUUCCUGGUAUUGAUUUCCAGAAUCUAUUGGCAGGGAAUGGUGGUUCCCAGGUGGAUGCUAUCCUAUACCUAAUAUCAAAUGAUACACUGACGACAGACGUGCAGUGUAUUCGCAAGCUCUGCGAGCUAAGCAAUGUCAUACCGGUUGUGGCCAAAGCGGAUACUCUGUCUUUUGAUGAAGUCACGUCUUUAAAGACUAAAUUCCAUCAUCAGGCACAGGAUGCCGGAAUCAAGCCCUUCAUGUUUAAUGACGUGCUACAUGGAGGACUCCAUGGGUUGGAGCCUCAGCCACCAUACACUGUGUCAUCUGAGAAGACUAUCGAUAUGGAAAUCAUGGAUGCUAGCACACUCAUGAGUCCUGAUUAUGUUCAGCCUCUUAGUACAUCUGAACUCGAUACCUUGGUGGAAAAACUUUUUGACCGAGAUAACCUCGCCUGGAUGCGGCACUCGGCUGCCAAAAAAUUAAUGCAGCUACGCGGCGACUUUCCUCCCAUCCCGCGGACAACAACUCCGCUUCAUAAUGCACUCUCUGGUACUACUGCGGGCUGGAGAGCUGCCUCUGGUUCGUCUAUGGAUACGUCAAUCUCAUUUGGCGAGUCGGCACCAAGUUAUGCAAUGGCACGGAUUUCAGAUUAUACGAGACAUGAGGAAAACAUGGCCCAGGUUCGGCUGGCACAUUGGGCAACAGACUUAAACCGAAGUCUGCAAAAUGAACGUGACCGAUACGCAUCACUGGCCAGAGGCGAUCGCGCCAUAUGGCUCACCGAGAAACUGAAUGAAUGCGUUGUGGAUGGUUCGCUUGUGCCCAUCUCGAAAACCCCGGGUUUUUGCGGACUCCAAAUCCCUACCCACGAAAAGGGAUCCGGCACUGCCAUGAAAGCUCACCCGGGUACACCUUCAACUUACCGUGUUGCUAGUCUCAGCAGCCAUGACCCUCUAGGCGUGGUUGGCUGGAUUGACGACCUCGGACGACACAGCUGGGCAAUUAUGCAAGUCGUGGGCGGCGUUGGGGUUGUUGGUGGACUGGCCUUCUGGUUUGCUCGUGCGUGGGGACUUCCAUCACGUACCUUAUCUGAACUACAAGUGGAGUACUGGUUUGGAAAUCUAGAGCGAUGA